CACAAGUAGUUUACAUUGUUGGGUGACUUUUGCAACAACUCCCCCUGCCUUGGCCUUAACACACCGUCACUGGAUUUUCUAUCUUCCUUGUCUUUACUAUUACUAUUACUAUUUUAUUUUUUUUUUCCUAAGACUAAAGAGCCAGGAGCCCCCGCUGCGAGGCUCCCUCCACCCCUCUCCUCUUUUAUUUUCGCUUUGUUGAUUUCUGUUUUCUCCACCGACCUCUGGCAUGAGUUAGCCACCAGAUAUGGACACCAAACAUUUCCUGCCGCUGGAUUUUUCCACCCAGGUCAAUUCCACAUCCCUGAAUUCCCCCACUGGCAGAGGGUCCAUGGCUGCACCCUCCCUGCACCCGUCCAUUGGCCCAGGCCUUGGCUCAUCACUCGGCUCAUCUAGCCAGCUGCACUCACCCAUCAGCACCCUCAGUUCCCCCAUCAAUGGCAUGGGCCCUCCCUUCUCUGUCAUCAGCUCCCCCAUGGGGCCUCACUCAAUGUCUGUCCCCACAACUCCCACCCUCGGGUUUGGGACGGGCAGCCCCCAGCUCAACUCGCCAAUGAACCCUGUCAGCAGCACAGAAGACAUUAAGCCACCCCUUGGGCUCAAUGGAGUUCUUAAAGUGCCCGCCCACCCGUCAGGAACCAUGGCCUCCUUCACCAAGCACAUAUGUGCCAUCUGUGGGGACCGCUCCUCAGGUAAACAUUAUGGUGUGUACAGUUGUGAAGGCUGUAAAGGAUUCUUCAAGAGGACAGUCCGCAAGGACCUCACCUAUACCUGCCGAGAUAAUAAAGACUGCCUGAUUGACAAACGCCAGCGGAACCGGUGCCAAUACUGCCGCUACCAGAAGUGUCUUGCCAUGGGCAUGAAGCGAGAAGCUGUGCAAGAGGAGAGGCAGAGGGGCAAAGACCGGAAUGAGAACGAGGUGGAGUCAACCAGCAGCGCUAAUGAGGACAUGCCAGUGGAAAAGAUCUUGGAAGCAGAACUUGCUGUGGAGCCAAAGACAGAGACAUACAUUGAGGCAAACAUGGGACUGAAUCCCAAUUCACCCAACGACCCUGUUACGAACAUAUGCCAAGCAGCAGACAAGCAGCUCUUCACCUUGGUGGAAUGGGCCAAGAGAAUCCCCCACUUCUCAGAGCUACCCCUGGAUGAUCAGGUCAUUCUAUUGCGAGCGGGCUGGAAUGAGCUGCUCAUCGCCUCGUUCUCUCACCGCUCGAUAGCAGUGAAAGAUGGGAUCCUUCUUGCCACCGGCCUUCACGUCCAUAGGAACAGCGCUCACAGUGCAGGGGUGGGCGCCAUCUUUGACAGAGUCCUGACAGAACUUGUGUCAAAAAUGCGAGACAUGCAGAUGGACAAGACAGAGCUGGGCUGCCUGAGAGCCAUUGUCCUCUUCAACCCGGACUCGAAGGGACUUUCCAACCCUGCGGAAGUAGAAGCCCUCCGAGAGAAAGUUUAUGCUUCCCUCGAAGCCUACUGCAAACACAAGUAUCCGGACCAGCCUGGAAGGUUCGCCAAGCUCUUGCUCCGUCUCCCCGCUCUCCGGUCCAUUGGCCUGAAAUGCUUGGAGCACCUCUUCUUCUUCAAGCUAAUAGGAGAUACACCCAUUGACACCUUCCUGAUGGAGAUGUUGGAGGCCCCCCACCAAAUGACAUAGACCAAACCUCACCCCAUCGGGUCAGUCUGUUUCUGUCCAGUGGGAGGCAGCCCCCACCUCAAGUCCCCUCUCCCAACUUCUCUGCCGAUGCCAGAAACAUCUUUUGUUCUGUUCUUCUCAGCUUGGAUGACAUCCCAUAUCCUCGCCUUGGUCCCCAUCUCCGUGCCGCCUUUUGCCCUUUGGGGCUGGUUUGCUCACUGCUACACCUAAGAAAUUUAUUGUUAUUAUUACUUCUUUUUAAUUACUUUUCUUGGAAUGAAAGGCAGUGGAAUCAGGACAACAAAAAGGAGAGAACCGGCUUAAAAUCCAACCGAACCCUAACCCUUUCCAUCUUCCUGUUCCCUGUUGCCUGCCACCCUUUUCUCCAUUGGGUUUUGCUCUUGUGGGGACAUGGCAGGAUUCUCUGGAGAUGGAGUUGGAGGACAAAGGAGAGAAGGAGCUAAAUCCUGGUCACAGUGGCUUUUGGGAGUGUCUUAUGGGGAGGCAGGGGGAUUGUCUUAUUCUUGCUGUUUGUUUUUUCGAAUCACCUGUUCCUUGUUUUUUUUUGUGUGUGUGUACUUUUAUUUUUAAUUAUCCAUUAUUGCCUUCUUCAAAAAGAGGACAUCUUCUCUCAGUAUUGGUGACCUUGACAGUGUCGGUACCCAGUUAACUCAUGACUUGCACAGAGCAUUGUCAUCCUUGGAAAAUAGGAGGGAGGGGAAAAAAAGGGAGUUGGGGGCCAGACUUUCAUAGUAAAUGGUCUCUGCUGGCAGCCCCCUCAAUCCACCCAUCCCUGGGAAGACUAGAGGAGGUGAUUUUUGGCGACUGCCACUUGACCCCACAAUUACCCUUCACUCAGUGAGAGGGUUCAUGUACCAUUUUUCCAAAGAUAACAAGCUAUUAUCUCAGCACCAGAGCCAAUCAAAACAUGAGCCAACUUCAAUGCACAGAUUUUUUAAAAAAAAUUUUGGUUUGGGGGGGGGGAGAAUGUUUCUUUAAGGCUACAGUGAUUCAGAUAUCCUUUCCCCCACCCCCUUCUUCCCUCCUCUUAGCCUCCCAAUUUCUCCUACUCAUCCUAGGUUCCAAGCCCUUGACACCCACACAUACUCUCACACUUGACCAAGGUCAAUCUUACCCUUGGGUGUUGGUCUUUUUUCUUGUUUCCAAAAUUUCUUUUUUUUUUUCAACCAUUGAGGGCUCUUGAAGUUGGCUGAGACUAGCCACUAGUGUCUUGAGGACUUGGACUUCCUAGCUUUGGCUGUCUUAGGGUCAUCAUUUAGCCCUUCAAGUAGCUUCUUGGAAGAAAGCUGGCCAUUCCAGAUGUAUUGUAGGCAGCUGUGAGCUCAGCAGCCCACACACAAGCAGACAUACACACAGAUUCUGGUGAAUUGCUUUAAGCACCAUUAACAGGGGUCAGCUAAAAAGAUUUUCUACUUGGGCAACUGGGUGGCUGUAAUUGAAAGGUGUCAAUGAGCCAUCUAUUUCUUGAGUCAUUUCAUCUUUAAGACUUCCUUAUUCCAUUUUCCAUUCUUCAGAGGGCAUUGAGAUUUGAGGCAAAAAAGGAGUUAAAUCACAAGUAAACUUCUGAGUCUACCCCACAAUCAGGGCAGUAAAUUACCACCCAAGAAAAGAGAAGAGUUUUCUUGGCCACUGCUUGCCCAUCCUGAAAAUCCUGAGUAUCUUUGCUGAUACCUAAAGCUUUACAUUUGUUCCUCCUCCAGGUUAUGUUUAGGAAAUGUUACAGGCAGCUCUGGAGGCCACUUGCAAAGCACCAGAUUUUUCUAUGGCUUUACUCCCAUUAUAUUUCUCAGAUAACAUCAUCUCAGACUUAUUGAGACUUUUUAUUAAUUCUCUUGGGAGACUUAAAAUCUUCUAGCCAGUCUAUGUCAUCUAGUUCCAUUUUAUGUAGGCAUCCUGUCCACAAAAUCCCUGAUGAGACAGUCCUCCAACCUCAUCUUGAAUACUUCUAGUAAUGGGAGCUCAUUACUUCGUAGGGUAGUCCAUUCCAUUGGCAGAUUGUGAAGACGUUUUGUCUCCGACUGGCAAAUAUUCCUCCUUAUGAUUGUUGUCUAAUGAUCAUGCUAGUUAUUUAACUCUUCUCAGACUCCAGGUACCUAGCACUCUUAUUAUCAACAGGUGACUUGAUAUUCCAGCUCACAUAGUAGGCAUUUCUUCCUGUCUCUGUAGACAGAUGCAUCUAUGUUGAAUUUGGCCAAUUUCUGCUGACUUCAGCACUUUUUCCAUGCUCACCCUUCCCAUGUUUCCCAUUGGGACUAGAGAAUUUCCUAUCAACAGAAAGAAAUGAUGAGAGAAGGGCUAGAGAAAAGCCCGACUGGGGAUUCUGGUUGAGGUAGAAGAAGGAAAUGGUCAUUCUCUCAGAGCCAAGGAUAAAUAGAUAGAUGAAUUCCAAGACCCUUUCUAAUAUCUGAACUGUAUGGGGCUGUAGAUUUGGGACCUACUCUGGUAGGUAGAGAGGAGGACUGCUAUACUUGUGCCCAUAGGAAUGUAGAAAAUUGUGUCCACAACCAGUGAAUCUUGCCAUCUUGAACAGGCAAAGGUCAAGAACUGGUCAUCAGCCUUAUGAAAGAUAAUCCCAAAUGUCUCUGGGUAAUUCUUCUUUCCUUCCCACUUACUCUUUGUACAUUUCUUUGGGGGCCCUCCUAGAAAAUCCUGAGGGAGAAUAGGAUGCCACUCUUUCCAGCAAGAAGAAAAAAGCUAGAAUGACUAGACCUUUUCUCCAGCUUUCCUAGGUAGAACCUUUGUAAUUUGUCCCAAGCCACACAGACCCUGCCUUGCUGGUCCUACCUAUGAAAAGUCUGGGAUAAAUUUGAACUCAGACUCAUUUGGAAAAAGCCAUGGACAUAAUUUAUCUCUGAGAACUUGCCCUCAUAGUGGUAAGGGAUGUUGGGUGUCUGCAGUGGAUACCCAAGCAUAGCACAGAAUCUUCUGUUUUCUCCUGCAUGUUCUAAAGUGAGAAGUCCCCCCUAUCCUCCCCAGGAAAUCUGAUUAUGCCACUGUAGCCUUAAAUACACUACCCCAUUUGCAUGAAUCCACAAUAGGGUUUUAUUUGACUCAUUAAUUUGUAUUUCCUUAAACUCUGGCUUUUUUCCUCUUAUCAUUAUUAUUGUUGUUAUUAUUAUAAAUAUAAUACUGCUUGUUUGGAGAGGUGAUAUUUGGGUAAAAUGGCACAUUAUUCAAUAGAGAGUUAGGACUUUUAUUUAACCAGACAUUUAGUAUUCUCACAAAAAUCUGGUUCAAUUAAGGUGAUUUUUUUGUAAUUAUUAUUAUUAUUUUUUGGUGGGACAAUCUUUAAUUUUCUAAAGAUAGCACUAACAUCAGCUUGUUAGCCACCCUUUGCUCCCAUAUCUGUGUUCUGUCCCUUUUCUUCUGGCUUGGGGAAAAAAGCAAAAGACCUAAGGCUAAAAUGGAGCUUUGAGCAGUUAACAGCUGGUCAUUUCCCCCAGCAGCUUUGGCUGUCCACUCCUGUAGCCUCCUCCUCUUUCUCCUCCUCGGGCUCCUAAUGGGGUCCCAUCAUCAGCAAAGCCAGGAGAAGGGCCAAGACCUAGAGCAACACAUGGGCUGUUACGGGCUACAGGUGGCCCAGAAGUGAAGUGGGCCUUAAUUGUUUGUGCACUUUGACUGUUGGGCAGUGUCUCAGUAUUCCUAUCCUUCUGAUGGAGCACUGAGGAAAUGCCACUUGCUAAAACCGCUGGGGGUUCCCUGGGACCUCAUUGGGGCAGAAAAGCCAGAAUUCCAAAUUUGCCUUUGCCAUGCUGGUUAAUAACUUCCUUUCUAAGUCAGACUUUUCCUUGGAAGCUGGCUUACCUGGUAGUCAAUGGCGCUGUCAUCAUUAGCCUAUGAGUCCAGUUGGGUGGGCCUAUAAAGGUCUACCCAGAGGUAGAGAAGACUUCCUCUGAACUGUUGGCUCACACACAGCAUUAUCCAAGACAAGGCAUUUUGGAAAAGCCCUGAGGUUGACCUGUGGCAUAUUAGUUUCUCCCAUGGUUUUGGGGGAGCCCAGCCCUGGUGUUUUCCACCACAAUCUUGGGUCCACAGGUGAUAGGGAAGCUCUUGGUGAAACUAUCCCCUCAAUGGUCUCCAAAAAUGCCCGGGCAGAAUUUGCAAAGCAGUGGAUAAUCAGCUGAUGUUGUCCCCAUCACUGAAUGAAUAAGGUGCAUGAUCUAUUUUAAGUUGAUACAUAUGUGUGUGUGCGUGUAUACAUGUAUGUACUGUAGAUAUAUACACUGUAUAUAUAUCCCCACUCACAUAUACAUAUAUUAUGCCUGUAGCAAUUACAAAUGUUUUGUGUUUAUUUUUAAUCAGUUUCUUUUUUUUCUGUUUUCCUGUAAAUUUGCUUCAUGUAAGCAAGUACAUAAGGACCCCUCCUUUGGUGAAAUCCGGGUUCGAAUGACUAUCUCAAGAUGAGGAGAUGCAUCUAUUUUAAGAUGCUGUCGGGUAACAGCUUUAGCAGUCCCCACUCUUUGGCAAUGCCUUAGCUAUGACAAAUACGUAGCUAAAUGUCUAGAAAGAAUGACGAGUAAACAAAGAGAUAAGAAAAAUGUCUAAAGCAUCACUAGGUUAAAAAAAAUCUAUUUUUGUACAAAUGUAAUUUUAUCCCUCGUGUAUACUUGGAUAAUGUGUUUGGGGAGGGGGGAGGGAGUUGUUUUGUUUCGCUUCUAGAGAUUAUUGUAUACACUUUCUUGGUAAACGUUCCGACUUGGAGAUGGAGAAUGGAAAAGAGGGAGGGAAAUCUUCCAAAAGUGUUUAAAGGCUUUAUAUGCAAUCUCUUCAGAAAUAUUUUUAUUUUAUUUUAUUAUUGUUAUUUUUGUUUCUGGAAUGAAACUUCCAAGGUUUUUCUCCCCACUUUACCCCCGACUUCUUUUGUAAGUCCUGUCCCGUUUUUGUUGAGUAGCCUGGCAGUCCUGCAACUCUGUUUUACUGUGAAAUCCCGUCCAUCUAUCAUUGGUCACUGCUGCAAAUGCUAGGAUUUUGAUGACCAGUGGGAUAGAAUUUGUUGAACAACGGGGUUAGAAUUGUCUAAAGAACAAUAAUAAUAAUAACAAGGGGGAGAAAAAGCAGAAACAAAGAAAAUAUCAUUUAAAACUAGCAUACAGUUCAGAUUCUCUUUUGUUCUGUAUGGGCAUGCUUUAGUUGGAGGUUGAAACAGUACUUUGAUAAAAUUCUAUUUGCAGAGCUCCCUGAAGCUCUCCACUGUUCCCAAGCAAGGCUGCCUGCCAACCCAGUUCCAUCUCACGGCCUGCUUGAGUCCAAAUGUUGUGAUUAUGGGCUCUAAUGGUCCAUGGCUCCUCCCCUUGCCCCAACCAACAGGGCCUAUGGGGAAGUUGAGAGAGAGAGAGAGAGAGAGAGAGAGAGAGAGAGAGAGAGAGAGAGAGAGAAACGCAUCCAGUACCCACUUGAAUUGGAGUCUCAAGCUGUCAUCAAACAUUUCCCAGGAGAAUAAAAAAAAACAUUGACAUCAAUUUUGCUUACCAAGUGGGCAGUGGGGAGCAGUGAGCCAUGAAACUGACAUACACUGACUUCUGGUUUCCCCGUGGAUCCAUGCAGCAUUUAGCAGUGUAUUUUCCCAUUUGUUUGUUUGAUUUUUGCCUUCUGGAUCACUGAGGACCUUGGGACAUUCAUAUCCAAAGCAUUUGGGGUGAACUUUUCAUUAAGCUGGAACCUAUCUCUGCCUCCUCUUAUUCUUUCUCCUUCUAUUUCUGUCCUCCCCACCCCCUCCCUGAAUUGGUUCAGUUCCAAAAAGCUCUUCAGAAGAAUGAUAAGCUGAGUGAGGCUAGGGCCAAAUGUUAGUGGAUAUUCAAAAGAAAUAGGAAGAGAGCAUCCCGUAACAUCUCUGUCUCAACCAGCUUGGCAUGGGGCUGGAAGACACUUGUGGAUUGGUGUCUUGCUACAUCCACGAUGCUCCAGCCGCUCACAAGCUGGUGAGUCACUUUAGACCAGGCUAAAUAUGUAGUAGCAUUUGGUUUCCUCUGUAGAACCUCAAAAUAAAUGAUGUAAUAUAACUGCCUGGUUAAUAACAGGUUAAUAAUAGCCACCAUCUGGCUCCAUCUCAUGUGAUAAAUGCUUUUUGUCUCCAAGCUGUCUGAGAGCCGGGGGCUGCCCCAGGAUUCCCUGGGGGAUGCCUGAGCCCAAGUGGCAGGUACUACAAGUUCUGAGAAAAUGGGAGAGAACACAGACUCUCCAGUCCCUAACCUCACUCCCACCCCACCCCUCUCCACUCCUAGCUCUAGCCUGAGCUGGAUAAUGCCUUAGAUCAUCCCCUCUGUGAAAUGGGGAACAGGAGCUGAAAGGAGUGGCCUUGAAUGUAACUAACCUGGGCCUGGUUCAUAGAACAGACUGCUAAGCUUUUGGUUAUGAGAAGAGAAUGACAUUCUUCUGUUCCUAUGACCAGAGAGCUUGGGGCAUGGGGAUCGGAGAACCUCAGACCUGCGGCUUCCUUUUGGCUGUAGCAGGGUUUAAGACAUAGAACAAUUAACCAGAGAAGAAAGGUAUGCUGCUAGUCGGAAAACGUGAACUUCACCACUAUCCUGGUGUUGAGUCUGCCCUGCUUAAGAGUGAGGUGAAAGGGGCACAGGCAAAUUUGCAGAGGGUUAGUUGACAACCAAAGACAAGCCUCAGAGCAGUUUUGGGGGGUUGAAAUCUUGCCCUCUGUCCUAAGGCCAGGAAAUGAGCAGGUAAAGGGAAAGUCAGCCCUUCACACCAGCUUUGAGUCACCUUUCCCCACCGAUAAGGAAGGGGCUACAGCAGGGACAGAGAUGAGGGUGCCUGAGGUCUGACAUUUUGGUCUCCACUUGACUCCCAGCAAAUGAAUAAAUUUGUUUAUAUACUUAAUAAAACAAAACUGUUGAUUCCAAAUGGCCUUUAUCACCUCCUCUUUUCACUUCCACUUUCCCCCCCUUCUCUUGUCAUUGAGGCAGAUGACACAUGGGUUCUUUUUUGUCCCAUCCACCCAGGAGGGAGUGAAGGCAGUGGGAUUGGGGGCUCUCUGGUGACCAGCCCCCAGGGAGGCUGAGACCCCCCCACACACACAUACAUACACAUACCCCAAUUAGGUGUUGCUCAUGCUUCUGCAGGGAUCAAAGCUCCUAUGUUGAACUUCUCUUGAACUUGUUGCUAUCAACUUAUUAUUGUUUAAUGUAAUAAAAUCUGUUACGUAUA